GAUUUCUAGUGCGUUUUUUUUUGAUAAAAUUCAUAUUACAUAAAUUUUCAAUAACCAAAAAUUUUAAAAAUUAUCUAAGAUUUAUUGAUUUGCACCGAACAAGUAUCAAUGAUGAUUGAUCUUACAUAAUGUCAGCUUGAAAACGCUUGCAUCAGAAAGAUUACUGGGUAUAUUACGAGAGAGGAACUGCUACACGAGCAGUUAUUUGCAACGACUCGCGUCGGUAGUAUCGCUAACGCUCUUUAUCCAGUUAUAUUAUAUCAAAUUUUUAUUAAAAAAUCAAAGAGAUUUUCAAACAACGUUUGCCAUGGAAUAUUGGUCGAUAUUGUUAUCAAUAAUGAUCGGUGUGGUCAGCAUUGAUUAUCUUUAUAGAAAUUUUAAUUUGUUUAAAAGGCAUGGUGUUAUACACGUACCGCCUCUUUCAAUAUUCAGAACCAUAACAUCGAUAUUUAUGUUUCGUCGAAGACCAUUUGUCGAUUUUAUCCUGGAGAUGUACAAUUUCAAUCCAGACGCAAAGUAUUUUGGAUUUUACAUUACGACAAAUCCAAUCUUUUUGCUUCGUGAUCCGGAACUCAUUAAGAAUAUCCUUGUUAAAAAUUUCGAGGCAUUUCCAGAUCGUCGUGGUUUCUCAAACUUGAAUGAUCCUUUACUUGAAAAAAAUUUGUUUUCACUUCGCGGAGAAAAAUGGCGGAAUGUAAGAACUCUGUUGAGUCCCUCUUUUACGUCCAGCAAGAUGAAAAUGAUGUUUACGUUGAUGUCGGAAUGUGCUGUGGAUUUUGCUAAUUUUCUAUCAACAUUGCCAGCGGAUAAAGGUGAUAUGGACAUGAAAGAUGCCUUUUCGAAAUAUACAAACGAUGUCAUCGCUACAUGUGCUUUCGGAAUCAAGAUCGAUUCCAUGAAGGAUCCAACGAACAAGUUUUACGUUUACGGCAAGGAAGCGACUAACUUCUUUCGAGAUUCAGGCCUAAAGUUUAUAUUUCUUCAAACUUUUCCGAAACUCGGACGAAUUUUCAAUUUAAAGCUUAUAAACGAUUAUGUGGCGCACUUCUUCAAGGACAUUAUAAAGAUUACAAUUACCACUCGUGAUGAGAAACACAUUACACGCCCGGAUAUGCUACAAUUAAUGAUGGAUAUUAGAGGCAAAGAAGGUCGUAGAGAAUUAGACCUCGAUGAAAUGAUUGCGCAAGCUUUCAUCUUUUUCUUAGGUGGCUUCGAUACCAGUUCAACCGCGAUGUCUUUUGCAGCUCACGAAAUCGCAGCUAAUCCAGAGGUUCAGACCAAAUUACAACAAGAGAUCGACAAGGUUUUAGAGGAUUCGAAUGGAAAAGUGUCGUACGAAGCCAUUAAUCGGCUCGAAUAUUUAGAUGCGGUGCUAAACGAGACUCUCAGAUUGUAUCCACCAGUCAUCUUCUUAGAAAGAAUAUGCAAAGAAACUUAUGAAUUACCACCCGCAUUACCGGACGAGAAACCUUUUAUCAUGAAGAAGGAUAUGCGUUUUUGGAUUCCGGUUUUUGCAAUCCAUCGUGAUGAAAAGUACUAUGAUAAUCCGGAGAAAUUUUAUCCAGAAAGAUUUUUAGACAAUAAAAUGCACAAUUCUUUGUAUUAUAUACCAUUUGGAUUAGGACCAAGAAUGUGCAUAGCAAAUAGAUUUGCCAUGCUAGAAGUCAAAGUCUUGCUGUUUCACUUAUUAGCACGAUGCGAGCUGAAACCUUGUGCGAAAACUACUUCUCCAAUAAAAUUCUGCAAAGGUCUGGCAACGAUGCCAGAAAAUGGGUUCUGGUUGAAUAUUCAACGUAGAAAAGAUAUGCAUCCUUUACUGUCUACAGUAAUGGAUAGCUAAGUCAUAUAGAAAACAUUUUAAACGUUAAUAACAUAACUAUUAUCAAAAAUUAUAUUUGUAAUAGAAAUUAUUAUACAUU